AUGGAGCCAUUCGAAAUAAGCAACUCCACUGUGAAUUCUACCAACGGGUUCACAUGGAAACUGCUUCUCGACCCUUCUAUUAUCUCACUCAUCAUCAUUUACGUCCUGUUUGUCAUUUCCUCACCGUGGAUUUGCGGCUGCAGAAAGGAUCGCACAGUUCCAAUCAACUCUGAUCCGGUUCCAAUUCGAGUUCGCUCGCAUCAAAUGGUAUAA